AUGACUCAGGAGGGCAGGGAUCUGACUAAUGUUUUACUUGAGUCUGAUGCCGAACCAAGUCCGCUGGUCGGUGAUGGGAACCUCUUCCCUUCUUCCAACGGGGCGACGACCCUCGCCAAUGCCACAAACACGACUGACGACAACGAAUUAGGCAUCGAAGUAAAAUUUGCUCCUGCCGGCCCUUACCGUCCCGGUGUUGGUUCUGUUGUUGCUCCUGGAACCGCAGGCAUGGGCGGGGGACAUCCCCGAUCUCCAACCCGAGGUACUGGAAAUAAGGAAAGCUCCCCUCUGUUGAAUCGAGUGGACUAUGAGUAUGGCUUAUUUGACAAUCAUUUCUCUGACGACCCCGAGUUUCACGAUUAUAUUCGGCAAGCCGAAGCGGCCAUUGAACUAGGAAACUUACCUGAAAGAAUUUCCCAGGGAUCUAGCGGCAGCUAUUUUGUUAAACACGCUGAUGACUCACAGGUAAGUUACAAAAUUAUGAUCAAAAUAUUUCCUUAA